CUCUGGAAGGUGACGCUCUCUGUCCCCCUCCUCUUCUCCCAGGAGUGACGUGCCGAGUCUGCUUGUCAAUCACCGCACGUCCACCCGACUAGGGUAGCUGAUUGGUUCUCCCAAGUAAACUGUCCCCUAAUUGGUAACCAAGAUGGCGGGGGCUGUGUUUGUGCUGUGAGCUAGGCCGUAGAGCGCCGCCGUGCGGUUCUGUCUUGCUGCGCUUCCUCCGCUGCCUCAGGUCGGGCAUGUGGCCUAUGUGAGCUGCGGCCGAGCCUGAGCCUUCCUUCGUGAUAAAUGCGGCCUGUGUCCGCCGCGCACUGACACCCAGGAGGCAGCAGCGGCCCUGAUCCCACGCAGCCGGCGGCCGGGGACUGUCUGACACAGCGGUUUAAGGGAAAGAUGAGGAACAAACAUUUAUGUUCGACUGGUGCUGGAGAUCAGCAACAUGAAGAGAAAGAUGGUGAAGAUAAUGAAAAUAGCAGGUGUGCCAGUGCUGUAGCAUUAAAUGCAUCGGAGCGGUGUCCUAUAUGUCUUAACACUCUCACUUUGGAAGUUGGCUUUCCAGAAGAUUGUGGUCAUGCUUUUUGUGUUUCCUGCAUUCUGAAGUGGUCUGAAACAUCUAAUUCUUGUCCCGUUGACCGCAAACCAUUUCAAGCUGUGUAUAAAAUAGACAACAUUGGAGGAUGCACAAAGAUCCGUGUAAUGGAAAGAAGACCAAGGGAGAGCUUGUAUUGCAGUUGCUAUCAAUGUUUACCAUGCUGCACGAAGUGCAAGAAACAUUUCAGAAUGGUUGUAAACACUGAAUCUACAAGUGAAAGCAUUAAUAUGCUCAAGCAAAAUAGGUGCAUAAACAAUGAAGAAAAAACUGAAUUGGAGCUGAAGAAUCUAAGCUGGCAGGACCUCUCUUAUACUAGCGAUCUCUUGGCUUCAUGUUCUUUUGAACUCUCUGAGAUGACACAAGAUUUUAAUAAUAGCGCAGAAGAAGAAAGUGAAAUGUGCUUGAUACGACGGAAGAGGGAAGGAAUAAAACAUCUGAGUUUUUCAUCCGGCGUUGGAAUGAUUGGAUGCAAUUCUCUCUCUCCUGAAAUACUCAUCCAUCCACCACCUUCGUUGGAUGAAUAUAUUUUUACCAGAAGUCCCUUAUCUAUUAUGAACAAAGGUUUCUCAAAAAGAACCUGUGUUCACUCUUGUGCCCAAGAUGGCACUGAGAAAAAGCAAACCGCGUCUGGUGCAUCAAAUAGCAGAGGAACAAGAAAAAAACCUGUACAGUCUAGUCCUAGACGGAGAUCCGCACGAAAUAGCAAGUCAGACGUAAGCCAGCUUCAGAGCUCGCCAAAAUCCAGCAGCUCUGAUCAUGAUACUCUUGGCUGUAAUACCGCUUCCAAAAAAGCUUCUGAACAUACAGGUAAAAAACCUUCCAAACAAAGAAAAAGAGCACCUAAAAAAGCAUCUCAAGUUAGGAAGCGGCUUCGAUCAGCAACACACAUGCAAGAAGAAUCUAAUGAUAGUAAGGAGAAUUCUGAAAGUGAAUUGGAGCAAGAGGAGAAAAAGUGUAAAAUGCCUGAAGAGGAAAUGUCAGGAACAGAACAAUAUGAAUCAAAUGUACUUCCCACAAACAGCACAGAGAGAGGUUUCCGGGAUGUAGAUGAUCAUUCUCUUGAUAUCUUGCCUCUGGAACAGUCUGAUCAACCGUUACCUGUUUCAUCACCUAUGCAAAAUAUUCAGUCUGUUGGUAAGAAUCAGCUUGACAAAGAGAAUAUACCCUCCUCCCCAGUCUUUAAAAAUGGACAGACUGAUUUGGGAGAAAGUGAGCCUGCUUCCUUGGCACCUAUAAUGCAGUUGGGAUCGGAAGAACAUUCUUUGGAAACUGGUAAUCUGCAUGUUUCUGAAGAUGAUUCUUCAUCUUCUCACGUUUCCGAGAAGCUCAUAGACUCUGAUAACAAAGACUUCUCACCAUUCUCCUCUGUUAGGGUACAGCAGGAAUCUGUUUGUUCACCUGCUUCUGAAACAGAGUGCAAGUCUAAACACUCUGUUGCUUCAGCAUCCCCUGAAGAUAUUAAAGAUACUAAUGAAGAAGACUGUUCAGAUAUCGGGCAAGUCCAUUCUGACUACAGGGAGUCGAGCAAUUUCUCUCAACUGAAAAAUGGACAUCGCUUUUCUUUUUCACCUGCAAUAGAAGAAGCUGAGGAAUCUAUAGCUUCUCUCACUGAGUCAUACAAGCCAUGUGGCUUGAACCUUUCCUCACCUUGCUAUGAUACUAAACAAGAACAUCAGUCUGAAGCACAAACCACUAUAGAAAUGCAAAAUAUUGAACAACCUGUGUUGGAUGGAUCUUUAAAACCGGAUUAUAGACCUGAUGAACAGUCUAACUGCUUGGAAGUGAACUCUCAGUCAACCAAACAGAAAGAAUGUAUUGAAGGAGGAGAUACUAAGACAUGCAUACCUUGUGAAUCUGACCAUAAAUAUUGCCCUGACAUUUCUGUAAAUAGAACAGAGCUUCCAGAACAGUGUCUGGCUUUACCUAAAAGUUCUGUAUAUAAGGAAUCUUGUGAAACAGAUGAAACACAAGCUCACAGACUUUGCAGUGACGACAUACAAAGUUCUUUUUUAGAAAAUAAGAUGCUUAAAAGCUUACCCGAGUCAUCUAUUGCUGUGGUUGAUAGCAACAUGCUGAUUACGGAUGGUAAUGGAAAAAUUCCUGAUGUAAAUAAUGAACCUCAAAAGGCUUCUUGUGAUAACAUUGAAUCUGUAGCUAUGGAUUGUGAUUCUGUAUGUAGUGAUCAUAGUGAAUUAGAAAUCGAGCAGUCUGUAGAAAAUAUUGUAGCUAACAAAGCUGAGAGAGAUUCUUUGGUUUCUGAAAGUUGGGAGGAAAUACAGUCCCCCCAAAAAGAACCAGUGUCGGUUGGUAGCGAUACACCUCAAAAAGAACUAGUGUCUGUUGGUAGUGAUGCACCAAACAAAGAACCAGUGUCUGUUGGUAGCGAUGCACCAAACAAAGAACCAGUGUCUGUUGGUAGCGAUGCACCAAACAAAGAACCAGUGUCUGUUGGUAGCGAUGCACCAAACAAAAAACCAGUGUCUGUUGGUAGCGAUGCACCAAACAAAGAACCAGUGUCUGUUGGUAGCGAUGCACCAAACAAAGAACCAGUGUCUGUUGGUAGCGAUGCACCAAACAAAGAACCAGUGUCUGUUGGUAGCGAUGCACCAAACAAAGAACCAGUGUCUGUUGAUAAGGAUGCACCAAACAAAGAACCAGUGUCUGUUGGUAAGGAUGCACCUCAAAAAGAACCAGUGUCUGGUGGUAGCGAUACGCCUCAAAAAGAACCAGUGUCUGGUGGUAGCGAUACGCCUCAAAAAGAACCAGUGUCUGGUGGUAGCGAUACACCUCAAAAAGAACCAGUGUCUGUUGGUAGCGAUAUACCUCAAAAAGAACCAGUGUCUGGUGGUAGCGAUACACCUAAAAAGGAAUCUCGAGCAAGAAAAUCUAGAUUUCAUUCCCCAUCAAUAACAUGGUCUCCUACAAAAAGUGAUGUUAAAGAAAGGCAAAGAUCCCGUUCGCGAUCUAAAGUUAGAGACUCUCCCAUUAAACGUAAAUCUAGAUCACGUGACAGAGAUGGAGAUCAUAAUCAUACUGCACAAUGGAAAGGGAGAAGCAGAGACCACCACCAUAGGAGACAGUCUAGAUCUAGAAGUCGUUCUCGUUCAAGGUCUGGCUCACGUGGCAGAAAUCGAAGUAACACAGCGGAAAGGAGUGAGAAGGACUGUAGUUCACCUCCUUGGAAAGAGAGGCGAUCAAACGACAAUUGGAAGAGUCCUAGGGGAAGUGAAAGAUACAGAAGAAAUGAACCUGAAAAGCCGAACGAACAUUUCAGAAAUGACAAAUACGAUACAAGGGAUACAGUUGAGCAAUAUACAGAGACUAAAAAUGAUUACCCUGAUUGGGUGGUGGAAAAAAUGAGAUCUGUGGACAGCAGGGGAAGGGGGGAUGUCUGGAUGGGGGUUGAUAGUAGAGGAAGGGGAGAGAGAGGGUGGGGAGACACCAGAGCCAGAGGAGAUGGUAGAGCUAGAGGAGAACGUAGAGGUGAUUUUAGGGGAAGGGGCGACAGGGGAAGAGGGAAUAGAGGAAGAGGUUCUCCUAGAAGCUCUCCUUGGGAAGAUAACAACCAGUAUAGUUCAGGGGAUUCAUGGAAUAGAAAUGUUAACAUGGAUUGGAAGUCCCCUAGAGGUCGUGGUGGUCGUGGCCGAGGUGGUUUCAGAGGUGGCUUUAAUUAUGGGGACCAGAAUGAAAAUAAUUGGAACAAUAGACAGUCCUACUCAGGAAAUUCUAACACUUCAGGGCAAGAGUCUUCGAGGUUCCCAGAACAUAAAAAUUAUAAACUGAAAUAUGAGGAUUCGUUUGAGCCACCACCUGAUCGAUCCGGAUGGUCAUCUGCAUCAAGUUGGGCUGUUAGAAAAACACUGCCUGCUGAUGUGCAAAAUUACUACUCAAAAAGGGGGCGGAACUCCACAGGAGCCCAAUCGGUAUGGCCGAAGCAGGAAGAGUCCCAAGAGCAAGAUCAAGCUCUCAAAGACCAACCAAGUCAACAAAAUGAAAGCACUCCAAUCCCUGUAAAUAUAGUGCAACCUCCAAUGAAUGUAGUGCAGCCUCCAAUGAAUGCACCACCACCGCCUCAACCAAUGAAUAUUUUCCCUUAUCCAGUGGGCGUCCAUCCUCCCAUAGUGAACAUUCAACACAAUCCAUACAACCUUCACCCGCAACUUCCCAUCCAUCUCCACCCAGCACUACCUCUUGUUCAGGUAUCUGCUCCAUCUAGUGUGCCUCAGGGAUUACCCCCACCCCCACCACCGCCUCCACCAUCCCAGCAAGUCAGUUACAUUGCAUCACAACAAGAUGGAAAACCAGUGCAGGGUAAUCCCAGUGCUUCUCAUGUAAGUAAUAAUUUGAGUGCACCACUCUUGCCUGCUCCAACAGCAGCCCAAGGAAUAGUUGGGACGGUUCUGGGACCAAGUUCUGGUAGUGUGGCAACAUCAAGUCACAGCAAAAACGCACAUGUUUCUGUAAAAUCUGCUGCUGCAAAGGAAAGUAUAACAGUGGAAGCCAGUGCGGAUAGCUCCAAGAAGGAAAAGAAAAUGCAAAUUAAAGAGAGAGCAGCACAUGAAGUGAAAGUGGCUAUAAAACAAUACUAUCAAAAUAAAGACAUCACAAAGGAAGAAUAUAAGGAGAUAGUAAAGAAAGCUGUUGACAAGGUCUGUCACAGUAAAAGUGGGGAAGUUGAUUCAGCUAAAGUGGCAAAUCUUGUGAAAGCAUAUGUGGACAAAUACAAACACUCUCGCAAAAAGGAGGAUAAACUGUGAGCUGCAGAUCAUCACUGGAAUUCCAACAAUAGAUUUAAGACUGCUACAGUCAUUGUCAAAGUGCAAUUUCAGUGUGUCAACAUAAUUAUUCACAACUGUGAUUAAAAUCGGGUUUUGAUAAAAUUAUUUUUCAAUGUAGAAAAGUUUGGUUUAAGUCCCCCUUUCCCAACUUGUUUUCCUUCCCAGAACAGACUUAAAUGGAUUUUUGUUUUUACUAGAAUGAACGUAUGGUUAAUGAUGUACAGAGUUUUGACUUACUGAUGUGUGUAAUAUUAGAGAUGUUAAUCUCAAUGCUUGGCUAUUGGCCAGUUACUGUGUGUACAGUACAUGUAAUCUGUUUAAAAUUCUGAUCAUGAGAAUCUUUGAUUGUGUUUUUCCCCUAAUCAUAGUAAGAUGUUUUUUCUUGGCUCCUUUCUAGUCUAACUGGACACGCUGGUCUUUAAGUGUACCCAUUGUAUGAAAGUGUGUGUACCUUGAUAUAGAUCUGUUUAGAAAAUAAACUUUCUGAAUAACAAUAUGCUACUGCAAAAUUUUGUGUCCAACAAACAUAUAUAUUUUUUUAAGAUGGACACCAAGUAUGGAAACACCAAAUAAAUAUUAUGCUGCUUG